AGCGAGCGCCUUUUAUACUGGCGUGUGGAGCGGCGGCAGCAGCGAGCGGCGGGAGUGAGCAUCACCGCGCGGCGACACCGAGCCACCUGCCAACAUGUCCGACAAACCAGACAUGGCUGAGAUCGAGAAAUUUGACAAGUCCAAAUUGAAGAAGACAGAGACGCAAGAGAAAAAUCCGCUGCCUUCAAAAGAAACAAUUGAACAGGAGAAGCAAGCGGGUGAAUCGUAAUGAAAUCUGCCCUCCCAAAUUAUGCACUGUACAUUCCACAAGCAUUGCCUUCUUAUUUUACUUCUUUUAGCUGUUUAACUUUGUAAGAUGCAAAGAGGUUGGAUAAAGUUUAAAAUGACUGUACUGCCCCUUUCACAUCAAAAGAAUAGAGAGAACUACUGACACUGAAUGAAGGCGCUGCCUUUCCCUCUGCCUGUCUGGCUUUGGUCCUGGUGGCAUGAAAGAGCUUGCAUGUUGGUGAAAGAAGAACUUGGGUGGGACUACAGUAAACUAGAGUAACACACGAAUAAAUGCAAAGCUGUAUCAAGGUCCUGCGAGCUGUAAAAUGCAGUUAAUCGAGUGCCAUUUUUUUUUUUUUUUUUGUUCAAAUGAUUUUAAUUAUUGGAAUGCACAAUUUUUUUAAUAUGCAAAUAAAAUGUUUUAAAACCUG